AUGCAGACACCACUCUCGUUGGCUCUCUUCUGGCUCCUCGUGGCCACUGCUGGCUUCCUUCCGGCCUUCGUCACGGGCGCCCUCACGCCGGUCUCGGCCAGCGGCGAUUGCGACUCCGUCAUCACAAUCGUCGGCGAAUCGAACGUUAAUCCUUGGGGCCUGGGCGGCAGCACCUGCAUCACCAACGCCGUUACGGGGUUGACCUCUCUGGAGAGUUUCACGUACUACUUGCGGCCGAUGCAGAAUGGCACCCAGGCGGCCGAUGCCUACGUCUACAACUCCGAUGCUGAAGCUGUCGUCGCUUCCGUCGCCCUCUCCGGCCUCCCGACCGACAACAGCACGACCAACUACACCGCGGUGCAGGCCACGUUCCCCAGCACGGUGGAGCUCAGCGCCAACACCACCUACUACCUCAGCUUCUGCAUCAAUGGGACGAAGACUAUCGGGUUCUACUCCGGCUACAACGACACGGGCGACGCCUUUUUGUUCUGUUCAGGCGACACCACCACUUGCCUGACCUCCAACUCCUCCUGGACCUACUUUGGUGGCGUUCUGACGAUGGAGGUCUCCAGCAAGGCCUGCCCUUUGCCUUCCUCGGCUUCGAGCCUUCGGUGGGGAAGCAGUUUCGUGGCCCUGGCCUGGGCCUGCCUGACUGGCCCUUCCGCCUGCUUCAAUCACUCGACUUAA